UUGAAGUAUAGCCAGGACAUUUCCUCGAAACUAUGGGCGGCCAUGUAGCUUCAAUAGCUUAAUAAAUUAUAUCACUGAACAUAGGUCAAGGUGUAUUCAGUAAACAAAGAUCUGAAGGGCUGUAUUUCCUUCAUCGAACACACUAUGCGUUCAUCACAGAUUGUGACGGACUACGGAUACGAACGAACUAGCACUUGUUUGGCAGGUCGACCACCAUCCACUGACAACAACUUCAAUACUGGACCUAUGCCUAGGUCAGCUAAUUGCCAUUUGAGCAGCUCAUCCCGAGUCCAUACUGGUAACCAGUUAGCCACGCCACUACGAGCUGCAGAGUCACUGAAUAGUCUACCGCCUACUCCAGAACUAUCAGAGCCGUCAUUCGUAGAAUUCCCAUCUUCCUUCGAAUCAAAACAAAAGAACCAAGUGGCCAGUCACAUCGGCAUCAAGUGUCCUUAUGUAUCAAACCAGAGGAGAGGUUGCAAAGGGCAAUAAUUCUAACACUUGGAGGAUAAUUGGAGGAGACUGCAUACAGCAGUAACGGAAUCGUGCCAUAAUGAGACUCGGUCAGGUGUUGUUGGCAUGCGCGUUGUGUUUGGUGGGCGUGGCCUUCUUCACUUCCCUAAAGACCUCCUUCCUCUAUCUCCUGGCGCUGAAACAACAGUCUAAUGGCAAGCAGUGGUACGCAGCGUUAUUCUUUGUCCUGCUCGUCCCAGAGAUUGUGACCUUUCUCCGAAUCAUCUGGGGCAGCUCGUUUGUGGCGAAAGGUCGACUGGCAGAAUGGCCGCCGUGCAAGAUCAUAUUUCUCGGUAUAUUCACGACCGUCCUGGAGUCGGCGGCCCUGGCGUUCUUCACCCUGGAGGUGUCUCCCCAGCUGCCCGGGUACCUGGUCCUCCCCUUGAUGAACGUUCUCCUCUUCCUACAGAUGCUCCUGGAGCAGUGGAAGCGAUCCACGACACGGAAUUUCCUGCCUAACCACAAUGUGACGUCACCCUCAUUCGUGUCGCGAGUCCUGCACAGUGUGGCGGCCAUUUUCGGCAUCAGUAUCUUCAUCCUGUCCGCCUGCCUCCUGAUUGUCCUUGACAUUACCGAGAUGCCCCGAGUUGUCGCCCUUAUCGCAGCAGUUCUCACCCUUUCUGUAGUCUGGAGCCAACCAAUCAAAGUGUAUAUCUUUCAAGCAGAAUGCUCGUCUGAAACCGUCCGCUACAACAUUUCACUCCUCCUAUCGAUUGUGAGAAUUGUAUCCCUUGGAAUAUUCUCGAUGGCUGUGAUUCCCAUGGGCGGAGAAAUCGAUAUCUAUGAUUCUCCAAAGUUCUUAUGGGAUGGGAUUACAUCACUUGGUGAGAGCAGCGUCUUGAUGUCCGUCCUCGCAGUUAAUUGCUGUGCAGGUCUAUUGACGUAUGGGUUGACCCGAGUCUCCGCCUACUAUACCACGACAUGGUCGGGUAUUCUUAUCCCAUCCAUCUUGUCCACAACAAUUGCAUCAGUUAUUUACAUUCUGAACUGUUUCGAUGGCAUCUACCUCACCUUAAGUGUUGACGUGUGUCCAAUGUCAGAGGGAAGUUUGAUCGUCGCGGGAUUCGUGAUCCUGUUAUGGCUUCUUCCCAUGCUGAUCAUGAGAAGGAACUAUUUUGUACCAGCUGAUACAUUCUUCAAGCCUGAACACGAGAACUUCAUCACCUUCGGCUACAGUGCUGUGUGUUUCGACCAACACUCUCUUCUCAACUACUAUCCUUGUCCUUUGGUGUUUCGUGAAACUGGGCUGAACGGACACGGAAGAAGCCGGGUGUUCAUGUGCACUACAAUGUACAGAGAGGCUGACUAUGAGAUGGAACAGCUGCUGAAAAGUCUUGCCAAAAUAUCAAAGUCUCAACGACUUAAGAAAAAGAAAAUAUACCUUGAAGCCCACAUCUUCCUUGAUAAUGGCGCCGAUGGAUUAACACUGAAAGAAUUUGCUCUUCAGUUGAUGGCUCUGGUACAGAAUUGCCUUGUUGUUGGUCGAUCUGAUAGAAGCAUCUAUAAAACCCCAUAUGGCCUACAGAUUUCAUGCGUCCUUCCAGGCGGCAUGCCUUUGUUUGUUCAUCUGAAAGACCCUACCUUUGUGAAGGCUAAGAAACGCUGGAGUCAAGUGAUGUACAUGAAUUAUAUCAUCGAUUACCGUAUCAAGAUGACAACUCAUAUCGCUGAGAUCCAGCAUCAGAUGAAGCUGAAGAAGGAGGUAGGACCUACGAAGUACACUCAGAUGAUCAUGCAAAUCAGGUCCCUUCUGGACAACCUCAAGGACCAGGAUGAGGAACAGGAGAAGGGGUCCAUAUACAGUAAAUGUGGCUCGGCAUACAGUUCUGAUCAAGAGAUUAAAACAGGGGAUGACAUGUCAGAGACCUCGAGUCAAAGGUAUCCUGAGAAGGCCACAGAGUAUAGCGAUGGGAGAUCUACCUCCCCGCCCUCAACAAGCAAUAGCUAUGCCAAUUUAGUUUCUGCAGAAUAUCCACUCGGGAAGACCACGCCGAUCUAUAUGUCUGAAACGUCGGAUCAAACUGGAAGCCAUGGCAGCGGGGAUGAUGGCAUAGGAAGACCCAGCACUGUCUUCCCUUCCUCUCCGUCCUACACAAGUUUCAUCUCAACAGAUUUUCCUAUUUCUAAGGUCAACCCUGCUUACAUCCCCGAUAAAAACGAGUUGAUGCCACCAAAAUGGCUGCCAGAGUUUACAUCAGAUUCAACCUUCACUGGCCAUGCCCCAAGUUUGUCAGAUAUCAGAGGCUCAGCCAGAGAUCUGAAUAUGCUCGAGUUUGCAUCCAAUGAGAAAAUAUCCACAAUAUCUAAGGAUAAAACAGCCCUGGAUCUGUCCCAGUUAACGCCGGCAUAUGAUGAUAGGACGUACAUUCUGGCGACGGAUGCUGAUAUGCAAUUUAAUGAUAUGAGCGUUCUUGACCUGGUCGAAACAUGCAACAGCGAUCUUCGUCUUGGAGCCGCCUGUGGCCGAACUCAUCCAUUCGGGAAAAAGAAACACCCGAUCGUGUGGUUCCAAAUGUUCGAAUAUGCCAAAGACUUCUGGCUCAUCAAGAGCGCCCAUAAUAUUAUUGGCUCCGUGAUGUGCUGCCCAGGCUGCUUCAGCUUGUACAGAGUGAAGGCUCUGGAAGGAGUGUUGCACCUCUACUCGGAGCCUACAUUCAAACCUUGGGAUGUCUUCACAAAGGACACAGGCGAGGAUCGAUGGAUGUGUACACUGAUGAUGUUACGUGGCUGGAAGCUUCAAUACUCCAACUUCGCCUACAACGGCACCUAUUGCCCUGACACUGUGGAGGAGUUUAUCAAGCAGAGGAGACGCUGGAUUCUGUCGGAUUUCGCGAACUCUCUGAUGGUGUUCCGUAAUCUUCCUCAGCUAAUCCGCAGUAAUGGCUGCUUCUCCGUCAUCUACGCCAUCUACUUACUGCAGCUGUUCUUCAUCGUCGUCCUCCUUCCUGGUUCCACAGUGAUCAUGUUAACUGUUGGUUUGGACAUGCUGGUUGGACUAAACUUCUACAUCCUCACGCCAAUCGUCUCUUUCAUCCUCAUCCUGUAUGGCUACUUGUGCAUUCGUCUCACAUCCAACAUGCAGAUCCUUCUCACGAAAUUCUCCAUCGUCCUUCUCGGGCUCUGCAUGUCUGCAGUUGUGCUUGGUGCUGCAUACUUCGUCAUCAUAGACUUGGUGACAGAUAACCAGGAGGAUGCCCUUCAGUUGCAGGAAGACUACAUCCUCAUCGCGGUGACCGGAAGUCUUCUGUACGCUGCUCUGCUCCACCCGAAAGAGUGCUGGCUGCUCUUCAAUGGUCUUUUCUACCUCUUCUUCUUUCCCGCAAUGCAGAUGCUGCUUCCGGUGUAUGCGUUGUGUAACAUCGUUGAUCAGACAUGGGGAACCCGAGACAACCAAAAAGCAAAGUUACCAAAACUGCUUUGCUUCCCUAAAAUGAAGUUCAGAAGGAAGAAGAAGAAGAACAAAGGCAAGAAGUCUGCAGAUGCAGACAUAGUUGACCCUGAAGAUUCGGAGGUAUCCUUAGACCAGCUGAAGCCGAUGAGGAGCGAGGAACAGCUCUUCUGGACACAGUUGUUGGAGAAGUUGAUUGGCAAGGACAUCAACCUUGGGUUGGAGAAGGAUGUCCUGGCUGAUGGCCUCAAAUCCCUCAGGUUUAGGACGCUAAUUGCCAUUUUAGUGGCGAAUGUCAUAUGGGUUAUUGGUCUUGGCCUGUUCUAUGCCACUUCCGUCGAGAAGACUGAUAGUCUCAGUGGCUACGGUAUUAUGAUUGGAGUCCUGUAUGGGUUUUCGUUCGUCAUUCAUGUUGUCGGUAUGACUGUGUAUAGAUUUUCAGACUGUGCUCACAGACUUGGGAAGAAGAUUUUCAAAGAUGAAAAAUCUCACUGGGUGACGAGAAGGGAACAUGGUACCAAGAUGCAGUUUUGAGUUCUUAAAAGUCUCAUUGAACUGUGCUGAACACCACCUAAAAGGUGGUGAAACGAUCAAAUUCAGCGUUUGCAAGAAGCAAAGCCUGGAGUAUCUACAGAUACAUUUGCAAGAAGAUACAUGGUUCUGUGACCAAGAACACAGUGAAUAUGUGAUCUCACUGAAUACCUAUCUAGUUAAUGAUACAGUGAUAGUAUCCAAACCUUUCAAAGAGGAUGGGUUAAGGAUUUGAAGCUGAUAUAUGAUCGCAUGAUAAUGAUUUUGUCAUCAAUACAUUCUCAUAUCGAAGUUUAGAUGCUUCUUAUUAGCAGCAUAUCCCUAAUUCUAGGAGUACGUAGAGCUCGUGCUACAGAACACCCUCUAAUGUGUGGGUACUGGGUACCUGCGAUAAACGGUAUGCAUGACAUCUCGUACAGCUUACCUUAGUCAUUGUUAAACAGGAUUGCAGAAUAUAUUUUGGGGUGAUCGAAUGCUGACUUCCUGCACUGCUGUGCAGUUUAUACAUAUGUUUGACAAACAUAACAAUUGUGAAACAAAAUGUACAGUGUACAUCUUCAUAACGUGGUUGACAUUAAACAAAUAUGUGAGACAGGGUAACGUGUGCGUUGCAUAAUGUAUGCUGUUGAAGUGCUUUAUAUAUGAUACUUGUGAUCAAGCUCCAAUAAUCUUACCCUGUCACCAUUUAUACACAUGACAUGCGUAUCUCCUAUUCUAUACAUCAUGUUAUUGCCGAACUUGCCAUUGUGUCAUUAAUGAUAGUUUCAAAUGUAACAUAGUUAAAAACGCUUUAAUGUACAGAGUAUCGAGGCGGUGUUAAUGGCACUCUUGUAUUAUUGUAAUUUUGCUGCCAGAUAGUUAAACCAUUGCAAUGAUUGUGUAAUAUUGUAAAACCAUUCUUAUUAUGGCGUGAGAAUGUUAAACCAUAAUAGUGAUAGGGUAAGACUGAAAAACAAUUAUUAUAACGCUCAUUAAAUUGAUGUAUUGAUGUUGUUAAAUUGACUUCCUUUUCUCAAAGUAAGUAAAAUCUUUGAACACACCAUGAAGACCUAUGAGUUUGCUUCAGUUCAAAUCGUAAUACAAUACAUAUUCAUUCAAUUUAUGGGGACUAUAUCUUAGACAUUUAAGAUAUGUAUUGCCUGAUUCACUUCAGUAGCGUUGCAUAACCCGAACUAAUGUUAGGCUGAAUUUACUAAGGUAGUAAUAUUCAUUCCGUUGUUCCUUUUCAGGAAGUAACUUACUCUAACAGUGCUAGGUAUGUUUGUGUUAUUUGUGCAUUGUUUAUAUUGUUGACUGAAGUGUGCAUUGUGUUUUCGUUAGUUUUGUUUCUUAUAUUCAAAGACGUUUGUAAAUAAACUCCUAU